AUGACCGGCGUCAAUCCCAGGGCAGGCUGGGAAAAAAUCGGCGACCAAUUUUACCAGAAAGCACAGGUCUACGAGUCAGUGUUCGACCAGGAUCUCGAACUCGAGAACUAUCUCGUAGUCGGUGCACCUUACGGUGGAGCUCUUGCGCUAUGGCGAGACGCGAACAAGAUCACGCGCUAUCGGACAGGGCAGUCAUUGAAAUCAACGAUCGACAUAUAUUCCUCGUCAGGCCGGCUUAUCAGUAACAUCAACUGGGAGAAGGGAUCCAUCAAGGGCCUGGGCUGGUUAGACGAUGAGAGACUCAUUGUUGUAACGGAAGAUGGCACGGUCCAUUGUUACUACGGGCUUCAUGGAGAUUUCAAUCCGUUUUCUCUUGGACAUGGUGCGGAGGAGUACGGUGUGAAGUCGUGCCGUUUCUGGUCACAUGGAUUUGUCGCCCUUCUUACAAACAAUAGCCUAGUCGCAGUGUCGUCAUUCGAUGAGCCAAGGCCUCGACUGCUUGCACGAGCUCCGGAUGGCGAAGUCCAUUCGUGGUCAUUGAUUCCCCCUGCGUACACGCUCUCCAGAUCUGUCGAAGUGCUGCUUGCCAUCGAUAAGACAAUAUUCAUGGUAGAUGCCAGUGAAGCCGAGGACCGAGGCCUCUCAGACGGGCCAUUCAAACAUGUCAGUGUAUCACCAAACGGCCGAUUUGCAGCACUAUUUACGGAAGACGGUAAAGUAUGGGUGGUGGGGAGCGACUUCCAGAAUAAGUACAGUGAAUAUAAUUCGAAAGCGAAGACGACCCCUAACCAGAUCUAUUGGUGUGGCAACGACUCUGUCAUUUUGGCAUGGGAGGACGAGAUUCACAUGGUAGGGCCGGACGGCGCAGCGGUAAAAUACUACUACGACGAUCAAGUCCAUGUCGUCCCCGACAUCGAUGGUGUACGUCUGAUCACGAAUGAAGCCUGCGAAUUCCUCCAUAAGGUGCCCGAUCCUCUCGAAGAAGUGUUCAAGCUCGGUUCAAACUCGCCAGCAUCGGUACUUCUCGAUUCGGUCGAGCUGUUGGAGAAGAAGUCGCCCAAAGCCGAUGAAAACAUCCAACGUAUCAAGCCGAAUCUCCCCGAGGCCGUUGAGACCUGCAUCCGUGCUGCUGGACAUGAAUUCAAUCAAGUCUUACAAAAGUUACUCUUGCGGGCUGCGUCUUUCGGGAAAUCCGUUCUGGAUCUCUACAGCAGCGAUGAAUUUGUGGACUUGUGUGAAGAUCUUAGGGUUCUCAAUGCUGUCCGCGACUAUCAAAUCGGGCUCUACAUGUCAUAUGAGCAGUAUGUUCGGCUCACGCCGGAACGGCUGAUUGCACGAUUGGUCAACCGGCGCGAAUACCUGCUUGCCAUCAAAUUGUCGGAAUUCUUGCAUCUUCCCCUCAACAAAGUCUACGUACAUUGGGCCAGCCAAAAGGUUCGCGGUUCUGCGGGAGAUGACGACGCCAUCCGAGAGAUCGUGGUUGGUCGACUACGGGGCAAAUAUGGCAUCUCAUUUGAGGCAAUUGCCAGAGCGGCCUACGACGAAGGUCGCAGCCAUCUGGCAACAACGCUGUUGAAUCAUGAGCCAAGAGCAGGAAAGCAAGUUCCACUGCUUCUGAAUAUGGAGGAAGAUGAAAUUGCAUUGAACAAGGCCAUUGAUUCCGGAGACACAGACCUUGUCUUCUAUGUGCUGUUACAGUUAAAGAAAAAGCUGCCACUGGCGGCAUUCUUCCGGACGAUAAGUGACAAGCCUGUGGCAGGUGCUCUAGUCGAAAGCUCAGCCAGAUCACAAGACAGGGAAUUGCUAAGGGAUCUAUUCUACCAGGACGACCGGCCUGUGGAAGGCUCAAAUCUACUUCUUGAGGAAGCUAUGCAGCAGCCACAAGUCCAGGCAAUCAUUGACAAGGUUAAACUGGCAAUCAGAUUACUCACAGAUGCCAAGGAUCCGACUGCCAUUUUACAUUCCAAAGCACUGACAGAUGCCAUUCAGCUGCUCAAGAUGCAGGAGGCAUUUGACAAGGACAUCACUGAUAGCAGUGGCAGUUACGUUGGGUUGAGUGUCAACGAGACCAUGUUCCGCCUCAUCAGAUCAGGAUAUAGCAAGCGGGCAGCCAAAGUCCAAAGUGAUUUCAAAGUUCCAGACAAGACUUGGUGGUGGGUUCGACUUCGUGCGUUGACUGCUGCCCGUCUUUGGGGAGAGGUGGAGGAAGUUGGAAAGGCAAAGAAGUCGCCAAUUGGAUGGGAGCCCUUCUACAACGAAGUGCUUGGCGCAGGUAACACUCGUCUGGCAUCUUCAUUCAUUCCCAAGUGCACCACACUACAACCAACCGAAAGGAUCGAGAUGUGGGUCAAAUGCGGCAUGAUUGUGAAGGCGGGGGAGGAAGCAUUGAAAGCUAAAGACCUCUCCGCUCUCGAGUCGCUGCGGGAUAAAGCUAAUGGGCAGCAGUCGGUGGAGCUUGAGAGAAUGAUCACGCAGUUGCGGCCGAGGAGAUAG